GAGAGCAGGAGGACCGGUGGCCGACAGGGAGGGGUCCUUUGAUAUCAGGGCGUCCUCCUCCUGGAUGGAGCCCGGCUGUGUGCAGGCAGCCAUGGCCAUGGGAGAUGUCUCGAAAAAAGUGUCGGCUCGGAACUUGGCGGUGGAGCGAAAAAACCUCAUCACUGUCUGCAGGUUUUCAGUAAAGACACUCUUAGAGAAGUACACAGCCGAGCCCAUCGAUGACUCAUCUGAGGAGUUUAUCAAUUUUGCAGCCAUCCUUGAACACAUCCUCAGCCAUCGUUUUAAAGGGUCUGGCAGCUGGUUUGACGGUCAGAGGAGUUAUUGGGACUACAUCCGGCUGGCCUGUGCUAAAGUCCCUAACAGCUGCAUUAGCAGUAUCGAGAGUAUGGAAAAUAUCAACACGUCACGAGCAAAGGGUCAAGCCUGGAUGAGAGUAGCCCUGAUGGAGAAGAGGCUGUCUGAAUACAUUGCUACUGCUUUGAGAGACAGCAGAACAACUAGGAGGUUUUAUGCAGAGGGAGCUAUCAUGUUAAGAGAAGAAGCCACAGUGCUAACAGGGAUGCUCAUAGGUCUCGGAGCCAUAGAUUUUAGUUUCUGUCUAAAAGGGGAGGCCCUGGAUGGGAAAUCCUCUGCCGUGAUUGACUAUACACCAUACUUGAAAUUCACACAAAGCUAUGAUUACCUGAGUGAUGAUGACGAUCGACAGAGCAUUGACAGCAGCACAAGUGAUGACAGCAUUCCUGAACACCCCUACAUCCCUCUGGUCACUGAUGAGGAGAGCUGGAGCACGAAGUGUCGUAAGAUGGAGCAGAGAUUCAAGAUUGUCAAUGCUCAGAAGGGUUACUUGGAGGAGCUAGUACGUCUGCGUGAGUCCCAGCUGAAGAACACAGAGGCUGAGAACAAGAGGCUUAAGGCCCGACUGGAGGAGCUGCAGAGCCAGAGCCAACAGGAAAAGAAGGACCUGGAGGCCAUAGUCCUUGAGCUUCAGGAGCAACUAACCAGCUUGAUUCCAUGUGACUCCAACCCCCUGGCCAAAAACCUUUCAAUCCCCCUGGUCAACCAGUGGCCGACGUUCCAGCCAUACAACAACCAAGAGGACGUCAAGCUGUUUCGCAGGAGGAGUUUCCCCAGCACAGAGCUGCUGUCAGUGGAGGUCAGCCUGGAUUCAGACUCCCAGAGGAUUGAGGGGAAACAGAAUGGAGGGGCCUGGUGCACAGGAAAGGAUUACACCCCCUCCAUGAUGGGCCUGUGUGGUUCCUUGGUGUCCCUCCCGAGCUGCAAGUCAUUGGCUAGCCUCAAAUCCAGUGAAUGUCUGGUCAACAUCAGCACAGAGAACAGUCCUGCCCUCUCUCCCAGCUAGGGGGCGCCAAAAAAACACUGCCAACCACUUAGACUCUGAGACAGCACGAUGACAAAAGGACUAUUUUUGGUAGGUGGACAAAUGCUCUCUUUCAUGGCCCUUAUCUGAGUCCCUUUGCCUUUACGCUCUGAGCCCAGCACUCUCUCAGCUUACAGCUUUGGAGCAUUUGUGAAAGAGUAGCUUCCCUGUCUGGGUUUUUUCAACAAAGAUGCAGGAAUUGCUGCUGUACUGCCCAACAGCCUCCUUAAAUUUCACCGUUGUUCAUAAUCUUGACAUAAUUAAGCCUCCUGGAAUGCAAACACCUGGUUCAAGUUGGACCUCUCUUACUUCAUGACAUUUGAUUUUGUGCAAUUACAGUCAUAUCUGUACUGGUCACAUUCAUCAAAACUCACUGUAGGGUUGUUCUGUAUGUACUUGUCCAUUUGUUUGUGUCUUAUCACUCUGUCAGUAUAUCUUUUCUGCCUGUUGCAUAGAAUUGGCAGGAUGGAUGAGGUGUUAUAUCCUGUAGGAAUCAGAAACGUUUUCCGGUAUUAUAUUACACUACUAUAAGAGGAUGGAAAGAGUUAUAAACAGAGGCUUUAAAUGUGCUGAGUCAACAAAAACAGCUUUAUGAUAUUAAAAAGAAUUGCAUUUUUGGUCUCAUUCAAUCAUACAGUAGGUUAAGAUUUUUAGGAUGUGGCAUAAAAGACCUGCCAGGCUACCAAGGUUUGCAGAAGCACUACAAUGUGAACAUUAAAACAGACAUAAUCUACUGCAUGCAAAUGCAAAGUAAACUGUGACUAUGCAGAUCGAAUGUUUUCAUUGUUUUUUUCUACAAACCUGGCUUGAUAGAGUAGUUUGAGGAAGAGGGAAAUAAUGAAUAAUGCACCAUGCAUACUGGUAUGUGUUCCAUUAAUUUUUUGUUUUUAUUUUACCCACUGUGAUCUUUUCUUUGUAUAUUAUAAUUCAUUUCAUGACAUACUGACUUGUGUCAUUUACCAUCAUGUACAUUGCAAUCUCAUGCAGUGUCGUUGAGAGCUGGGAUAUGUUGUGUUAUUUAAAACUGCAAUAAAACUGCCUUUUUUUGAAAUAUUAAAUGCCCAUACACACUGGAUGUAUAUU